GGAAAUGGUUCAAUGUUACGCUACAUAACUAAAUCCCUUACAUGACCCUGAGACGCUGAUUCAAACGAGAUGUACAUAAGAUGAUCAGUGUCCGGAAUGGCUCAAACAUUAGUGCUCAGUUCCGCGCGUCGUGGGAUCUUCAAGCAGAUCGGCUGGACCAACUGGAGUAUAACAUCCGGCUUCGCGCCACGCAGACGGCUGUCUGAAGUGAGAACCUCGACUCUGACUCCAAAGACGGGCGUGCCCCCGGAGACGGACGAGGUGAACAAUGAACCCAUCAAGUUCUCCACCAGCCAGGGCAGCCACCGGACCUGGAGGGUGGACCGCACCAUGGGGAUCCAGCACCAGCGGCCCUGGUGGAAGGUCCUGCCCGUCAGCCUGGUCGCGGUCGGGUUCCUGUUGUGGUGCGCGUUCCGGGAGGAAACGGACGUGGACCUCAUGCUGCAGAAGGAUCUCUACGAACAUUUACCUGGUCUGCUCCCAGACGAGAACCAACAACCACCUGGUCCGCUUCAAGUCGAGGACAAACCCACACCGUAGUCAACGCAUUGGACCUUUGUCAUGUUGGUUAUAAGCCUGCCUUAAAUUAUAUUGUUUAGUAUUCAAGUUAGUCCAAUUCUGAUGAAGGUGGGGCGUGGACCGCUGUGGAUUUUGGUUGCAUUUGAACUGUAUCGUGUGUUUGGAAGCCGGGGCAGAAGGCCUGGGGUCUUCCGGUUAACCAUGCUUUGUGCUAGGGGUUAAAUAAAAUAUUUUGCUGUAAUAAAAGACAAAUUGAGGUAGUGUAAAGUUUAUUUACAACAUGAAGGUUCAACACAUGCCUACACAAAGAAUCUGGAGAGAUGUUUAACAUUCAGAGAAAUUAGACGUUCAGAGAAAUUAGACGUUCAGAGCUACGUGUUGAAUGGAAAGGACAGAUGCAAAAGCUACUCUAUUAAAGAACGGGGUCAUGACAAACGGCUCUACCUGGAAGUUAUCAAACUGGAAGAAAAAGUCCCUGAAACACGAAUGAACACGGUAUUAAAACAUCCCCC